UACGCAUUGCCGGAGAUCUGACCUACUGAAACACAAAUAUCGACAAGCACACACGGCAAAAACAGUCAAACCUCAAAUUUUGAAGGACGUUUUCCAUCCCCGAUCAAUUUUUCCGGGCGCUUUCAAUCACAGUCUUCGUCAAGUUUCAUGACGUUGUGCUAUUUUCAGCUCAAGUUUUUCCUUUUUUCAAUUUUUUUUUUUCAUGAACAUGCGUCUAUCCUACGAGAUGAUGGAUGUGACUGUUCCGCGAAUAGUUCGGUGACUCGUAGUAACCCCUAGACAUCCAUACCAAUAAAAUCUGCGUGAUACUUAGUGGGAUUCAGUGUAAAAUUUUGAUUCGAGAUGAAAGUUGAGCACGAAAGUUGUCGUGAUAAAACUGCUCGCUGCAUCCUGAUACUACUCCUGUAUGUUCAAGCAACUUCGGGCUCACCUAAGAGGAGUCUGACAAUCAGCGGCAGCCAGACUAGACCGACUCGGCGUCUACCACCGGAGAGCGGCUACGAAUACCUGGACACCCUUGCAACUGACGGCCGUCUCCAGCCCGGCUUCGUGUUCUCCCACCGACACUACGGGAAGCUCCUCAUCUUGCCCGACCAGCGCGUGGCUGUCAUGGAGGCGGAUGUGUGCCCGUUUCAGACCAGGGUCGAGAUAUACAGCGUCCUCAUAUCCCAAAUCAUCGCAUGCAAGAACCCGCAAGUCAAGCAAAUUCUCCGUGGUGCUUCGCAAGAGACAUUGAAUAUGCGAGUGGCCAUCGCCCUGAGAGUCGUGAGACGUCACUUGCCAUACCACCCGGUUUACUGCAACAAGACGCACUGGUGGGACUUCAUUCUUCACGGGAAGCGCCACACCUCGUGGUUUAUGCACUCAUGUCCUUUGAAUCGGUCUUGGGUCGGGUACACGGCGGAUGCCGUCACUGACGGACGCUUCACAUUUUUGGAUGGGCGGAGUAGAGAACUCGCCGAUUUUCCUCAUUGGGAUAUGGAGGCCGAAGGAACGGUCAAUUUCUGUUGCAUCGGGCGAGGACUCCGUUUCGUGCCCAUGCCAACAUGGCUACGGGACGACGGACAAAAAACCUGGCAGUUGAGUACCUGGCAGUACUAGCAUCUUUCCGGGAAAGAAGUGGAACGCGUUUAGCAGAAAGAAACCAUCGGCUAUGGCCAUAUCUAUCUAGGCAUGGGCGUAGCUAGGGGGGUCCUGGGCCCCCCCCCCCCAGAAAAACGGGAUCCUUCAUU